UGUUUAAAAUGGGCCGCGCUCCGACCCGCGUUCAGAGGAGUCGCGAGGAGCUCGAGGCGAGGAGGUUUACCAGGGAAGACGGACAUCACAAACAUCACACGUCUGCCUUCGGAACAACCGACAAACAAAAGCUAUAGGAGUUCGCCCUGUUAAACAAAUUCAGGAUUUUCUUACAGCUCGCACAUACCAGAUUGGACCUGCCAAACCGGGGUCGCUGUGUGAUAAUACGUUAUCCAGACUUUACGGUGUCAGCUAUAGGAAGAGAUGCUGAACGACUUCUACUAGGCUGCGAACAUGGAGCCAGGAGGGGGCUCCCCCUGCAUCCUGGCACUAGUGGCCUUUCUCGGGGUCCUGGCAAGGGCAGUGGGGCUCAACCCAGAUGACCCCAACGUCUGCAGUCACUGGGAGAGCUAUGCAGUGACUGUGCAGGAGUCUUAUGCCCACCCUUUCGACCAGAUCUACUACACCAGAUGCACUGAUAUUCUUAACUGGUUCAAAUGCACCAGGCACAGAAUCAGCUACAAGACUGCGUACCGGCGGGGUGUGAGGACCAUGUACCGGCGGCGGUCCCAGUGCUGCCCGGGGUACUUCGAGAGCGGGGACUUGUGUGUCCCCCUGUGCACGGAGGAGUGUGCCCACGGACGCUGCGUCUCUCCGGACACCUGCCAGUGUGAGCCGGGCUGGGGAGGCCUGGACUGCUCCAGCGGCUGUGAGAGAGACUACUGGGGGCCGCACUGCAGUAACCGCUGCCAGUGUCAGAAUGGUGCACUGUGCAACCCCAUCACUGGCGCGUGCGUCUGCACCGAUGGCUACCAGGGCUGGCGGUGCGAGGAGCCCUGCCCUCCCGGCUACUAUGGCAAAGCCUGCCAGCUACACUGCCAGUGCCAGAACGGAGCCACCUGUGACCACCAGACAGGGGAGUGCCACUGUGCCCCAGGCUACACCGGCGCCUUCUGCGAGGAGCGCUGCCCGCCCGGCAGUCACGGCGCCCAGUGCGAGCUGCGCUGCCCCUGCCAGAACGGAGGAGUGUGCCACCACGUCUCCGGGGAGUGCUCCUGCCCCGCCGGCUGGACGGGCUCAGUGUGUGCCCAGCCAUGCCAGUUUGGGAAGUUCGGCAUCAACUGCAGCCAGGAUUGCCCUUGUCACAACGGCGGGCUGUGCGAUCAUGUGAGCGGGCAGUGCCAGUGCACAGCUGGGUACACUGGAGAGAGGUGUCAAGAGGAGUGUCCUGUCGGCACCUAUGGUCGACAGUGUGCCCACAAGUGCGACUGCCAGAAUGGUGCCAAGUGCUACCACAUCAACGGGGCCUGCAUGUGUGAGUUGGGGUUCAAGGGAGCGCACUGCCAGCAGAGGAUGUGCCCAGCGGGGCUGUACGGGCUCACCUGCGACAAGUACUGCCCCUGUAACACCUCAAACACGCUCAGCUGCCACCCCCUGUCUGGAGAGUGCACGUGCGCGGCAGGCUGGGCAGGCCUCUACUGUAACGAGGCCUGCCCGCCCGGGUACCACGGCGAAGGCUGUCAGCAGGUGUGCGACUGUGCCAAUGGAGCCGACUGCCAGAGCAUCACCGGCGCCUGCAUCUGCGCGCCAGGCUUCACGGGGGACGACUGCUCCCUGCCCUGCCCCGCUGGAUUCUAUGGCACCAACUGCUCCUCCAUCUGUACCUGCAGGAACCAGGCCGCCUGCUCGCCCAUGGAUGGCUCCUGCACCUGCAGGGAAGGGAGCUAUGCAAAACAGGGCCACUCUCAGGGAUCGGCCUUCUUGACCUUCAGGGGGCAAGGAGGGGGCUGGAGACUAACAUGUUACAUUUCCAGGAGCUGCUCCUCGGAGAUAAACAUGCAGCUCAGAGAGGUGGCCAGCCGGAGGAUCCACUGUGACAACGUGUGUAUCCAGGGCCGAUGGGGGCCCAACUGCUCUGUGUCCUGUAACUGCGACAAUGGGGGCUCAUGCUCACCUGAGGACGGCACCUGCGAGUGUGCACCUGGCUACCGCGGGACAUCCUGCCAGAGAAUCUGCUCCCCUGGCUUCUAUGGGCAGUGGUGCAGCCAGGCGUGCCCGCAGUGUGUUCACAGCACCGGCCCAUGCCACCACAUCACCGGGCACUGCGAGUGUCUCCCUGGCUUCUUCGGCUCUCUCUGUAACCAAGUGUGCGCCAGUGGCCGGUAUGGGAGGAACUGUGCGGAAGUCUGCUCCUGCACCAACAACGGCACGUGCAAUCCCAUCGACGGCUCAUGCCAGUGCUUUCCGGGCUGGAUCGGGGACGACUGCUCUCAGGCCUGCUCCUCAGGGUACUGGGGUCCUGACUGCAUCCACACCUGCAACUGUCACAAUGGAGCCCUGUGCAGCGCCUAUGAUGGGGAAUGCAAAUGCAGCCCUGGCUGGACCGGUCUGUACUGCACUCAGCGGUGCCCCAUGGGAUUUUUUGGUAGGGACUGUGGAGAGGUGUGCAGAUGUCAGAAUGGCGCAGACUGCGACCACAUCACAGGGCAGUGUACCUGCCGCACUGGUUUCAUCGGGACCCACUGUGAGCAGAAGUGCCCGCCUGGCACCUUCGGCUACGGGUGUCAGCAGCUGUGUGAGUGCAUGAACAAUGCCACCUGCGACCACGUGACAGGGACCUGCUACUGCAGCCCCGGCUACAAGGGCAUCCGCUGCGACCAGGCGGCCCUGAUGAUGGAGGAACUGAACCCCUACACUAAGAUCAGCCCAGCGCUGGCGUCGGAGCGGCACUCCGUGGGCGCAGUGGUGGGCAUCAUAGUACUGCUUCUGAUCAUCAUGGCACUGCUCAGCCUGUUCGCCUGGUACCGCCAGAGACAGAAGGAGAAGGGUCACGACAUGCCCAGUGUCUCCUACACGCCAGGCCUCCGCAUGACCAACACGGACUACUCCCUCUCUGACACCUCUCACAGCAGUGGCAGUGGCCACUGUUUCUCCAACCCCAGCUACCACACCCUGGCACAGUGUGGCACGGCCUCCCGCCUCUCCAAUGACCUGGACUCCAGCUCCUCUGCCAAGCUGAAGAACAAGAAGCCAGGGGGAGAGAGUGCUGACUGGAGACCGUACUGCAACCUCAACGAUUUAGGUGCUUAUGGCCUGGACAGACAUCACAACACUUACAUUGUAGAGCAGAGUUUCAAAGACUACAUGAAGGGCUCCGUGUGCAGCUCCAGCACCUGCUCCCUGAACAGCAGCGAGAACCCCUACGCCACCAUCAAGGACCCCCCGGGCCUGGCCUGCAAGCACGAGAGCAGCUAUGUGGAGAUGAAGUCCCCCGCGCACCGCGACCUGCCCUACUGCACCCCCACUGUCCCCACCCCUGCCGCCACCAGGAACGUCUAUGAAGUGGAGCCCACCGUCAGUGUGCUGCAGGGGGCCAGUGGGGUCACCCCCAGUUAUGUCCAGAACCCCUACGACUUGCCCAGGAACAGCCACAUCCCCAGCCACUACGACCUCCUGCCCAUGCGGCACAGCCCCGUGCACACAGCGCCACCUCUGGACGCACAGCCCAGCGAGCAGUCCUAGAGGGCGGCUCAGGGAAUGCCAGCUGUUCUGCCAUCAGACAAUCUCUUCACGUCAGCUGCAGGCAGCGCUGAGUGAGGAAGCAGCAGCUGCCUGCGAAAAGAAAAGACAUAACACUGAAGUAGAACUACAUGGUGCAGAGAGCUGCAGUGCUCUCUCUCUCUCUCUCUCUCUGCGGCUGCAUGAUGACUUUUUACUGUCAAACGCCUGACAAGAGACAUGCCUUCAUGUUACAUUCUUUCUGUUUCACCAUUUAGAGCUUUUUUUACAGAGAUCUGUAAAGAAAGCUGUCAGGUCAGAUCACUAGAGAUGGGACUCUUCAUUCAAACUGGGAGCCACAACUCAGAAAAACCAGCUGUGUAACCUUUUUUUAUAAAAAGAAAUCCGUAUGUUCAACAGAACAACAGACUAUGAAGUGUUCCUGUAUUCAGCUACAAAACUGUUUGAAGAAAUAUUUUGAAUGGGGACAAUGAGAAGGGCAGAGAGGGAAAUAAUGAACUUCCCUCUGUGAUAGAGAAGGGCAGUUUCAACAAAUGGGGAAAAAAAACCCUCCCUAGCGAAGCGUGAUACAAAGCGCCUGUCAAUUUUUAUCUACACCUGUAAAAACGAUGUAUAAAAUGAAGUCUGCCAGAAUCGUUCGGGUGUUUUCAACUUUUCAUCUCUUUUACCCUUCAUCUUGAAAGUAGUUCCAGGACUGAACUGGCCCUCUCCCGGUGGUCCUGCAAGACGGGUGUCUUUUAGAUUUGCUGGGUGAUUCCCCCUGCAGACAGUGCUCCCUAGGGCAGUCCUUCCAUCGUAAUGGAAACUGGAAAACUCCACAGCCCUCCAGGACCAGCAGCUGGAACUGUACCGCAGCCAUGGACAGGAGCCGCUGUGGUAUUUCCCUUCACCCCUCCACGCUCCCUUUCUUAGUAGUGCCCCCAGUCACUGGUGCUUGAGCAUGGUUAAGUGCAACUGAAGUAGCAAGAGUUCUGUAUACUCCUUUUUCAAUCUACUGAACAUAGCCAGUUAAGACUACUGCUUAUUUCUUUGACAUAUUGAAGACCACAUGGUAUUGGUCUUUAUCUUGAACUAGUUGUUUUUUUAUUUAUGUACUGUAUUAAUUUAUUCAUAGUAGUGUUAGUGAAUUUUGUUACUAAAAAGCUAAAUACAAUGGAGGAAAAAAAAAAAGCAAGCAUGACCAAACUAAGUACAGUACUCCACGUGUAGACACCGGACAUGAAGGACAGGACAGCUGCGUUAGCAAGUGUCACGUGCUCAGCAAGAGGCCUGUUGUCAGCAUCAGUGGGGGGAUUCCUGCUCUGCCGGCUGAGGUGCCAGCCAGCCUGUCGUAAUGAGUAGGCUUCUCUGAUGCGUCACCUGUCCUCCGAGAUCCAUAGCAAACCAUUACGAGACACUGUAGCAAAGCCAACUUCCUGAUGAACUCAGCUGUCCUGUACUAAUCAUAUAAUAGAAGCGAUACCAGCGAAAUGUCAAUCAGAAAUCUUGUUUUAUAAGGUCAAGAUUUGGGUUGCAUUACAACUAAUCAAAAAGCAAUAACUCAAUGACAAUCAUUCAGUAUGGAUUGUGCUCAGUGGCUGAAGCGCUCUGUUUGUGUGCGAAUCCUGGUUCCACUGGCUCUGAAAUGGAAAGGAAGUCAUUACCAAAAUGCUGCUUGAUGUUUUCUUUAAUAAAAUACACAAUAAAGUGACAAUAGCUCAGGGCAGUAA